AUGAAUUUGGUACACCAAUUUAUUUCUUGCCUUUCUUUUUUGACUUCUUCUUCGCUAUUAGUCCCAUGGUGUUCUUCACACUGCUACUUGAUGCAUUCUGCUUCUCUCUAUGCUCCUUCAUCUUCUCAGCCACACCAGCAACCAACUCCAUUCUGCCUGUGCUUCUUUUUAUUGUAA